AUGGAAGACCGUCAGUUCUUGUACAAGAGGAGGGGUAAUCUGUCUGACACCAACAUGUGCCGAGCGAUCCAAGGUUGCCCAAGGCUUCACAAGCUCUUUUCUGGCCGCGGCAGCCCAGUCAGAGGGGCUCAGUCGCUGCCGGAUCGCUCAUCAGUCGCCCGCCUCACAUGCAUUUCCAUUUGUGCAUAUCCCAUUGUGGGGGACUGCCGUGCCCGUACUACACACUACUUCUUCUCGCGCCACAGGUGCAAGGGUAGCGGAUCAAGGGAUAGAUGGUCAGUCAGUAGUGUAGGCUCAAAGACUCAGAGAAGGCCGGUUCAACAAGUGCAGUGCAGAAGCACCGCUGGUGAAAUACCGUCCAAAGCAUUGGCAAGGCCGUCCCGGGCGCCCCGUCCGGUUGUUGCGGUAAAAAGGGAGGCUCCCGGAGCAGUUGGCCAAUGGCUGAGGGCUCGGCGACGGAUCCGGUCAGAGGCGGUCCCUCGCAAGCCCCUGAAGGUGCAGAACAAGUAG